AUGCGAAUACCGUCAUCGAUGGAUACCUUGGCAAUCAAGAAAGCAGAGACAGGAACAAUGUUUCUUGUUCGGAGGGUAGACAUGGCAAUGUCAACAUUGAUUGCAAUUACAAGUGUAAUGAAGAAGGAGAAGGGUUUUGGUGGGAGAGGUCGGUGGAAGAUAUGGAUUUCGAGGAACUUGAGGGGUUCAGGGCAUCUUUGGAAAGAAUGA